CUGAAAGACGUCCUUGAACAUUCUUGGGUAACAAGUGUUAAACUAAAGUUUUUUGCCUGUGGGCCAGAUCCACCUCGGAAACGCAUCGACAGCCUCCGGAUUGGUCUCAAUGGCCAUGUGCGUCUUUCGUUGGGUGACUUAAGUGAGGGCUCCCCAUUGGCCGGUCGCCGGGGUCUGGCAGUUCAAAUAUUACGUAAACAAUCAGCGAGCAGUAAUCUCGACACCCGAUCAAGUUCCCCAGCCAGCCCUCUUAGUUCGCCAGUGGGUUAUCCCAGAAGUCAACUUCGUGCAGGCGGCUACGCGUCACCCAACCCGAAAGAAGGGAUUUCCGAUCUAUAUCGGAAACACGUGAUCGUUUCUCCAACAAGAGGUCGCGCGGAGGCCCCUCAAAUUUCUCGGAAGCACCCUAAUAUUCACCAAGGACAGGUCUUAUCACCUUUGCACAACCAAAGUAGGCUCCCGUUUGUCCGAAAUGCGCCAAAAUCACCCUCAGACCUUACGUCUCCAUUGGUGAAGAGAAAAAUCAGUGAUGGAACGCAUCUCCAUUCGCCCAAUCCUUCAAACCCAAUUUCUUCACGAGAGGACUCGUUGAGUAAACCACGCAGCCCCCAAAGCUCAACUAUGAUCCCUCGACCUGCAGUUAUAGUUUUGGAGGACAGCAAAAAAAUUAAUCUGCCUGGACCAUCAGUGCAUGGAAUAGACCUUAACGCAAGUGAAAAAUUUAUUAAAUUAAGCAACAAAUCAUGGUUUGACGGAUUCCUACCACUCAGUCUACAUAAUGGAACUACGAAAACAACUCACAGAAACAAUGGGAGUGUCGUCACUUCGAAAGCCCCAGCUACGCCCAGCACAGGACGGCACACAUUCCGCAAUACUGACGAAAAGGAACCAAUUGCAACGCCACCUUCUCUACCCCUCUCGCCGACUCGCGACUCCACGCGAUCAACUGGUCAACACCAGGCACACAUCAACAGGAUAGCGUUGUCGCGAAAGGUGCUCGCUAACAAGUCGGGCAUACCACAGCCCCUGAAUGUGGCUCCGCACUCGUCUACCCGGAGUUCUUAUCGAGCCUCCAAUGUUCUGGAUCAUGGGAGCACUCUGUCACCAGAGGAAACAAAUCACGUGACAAUGGUGAAGGGCAGACCUUUUAGUCGUGUGAAGUCCGAAAUUACUCAUGUACCACCUUUCCACACCGUCAACAACACAUUUCAGGUUCUUCUUUCAACUCCUGGUGUGGUACAUACAGUCCUCUCCCCAUCAACGUUUCGUGCUGAGUACCGCCGCUCGGGCAGUGGAUCAAGCCUUCUAGCCCGACCUGUCAAAAUUCAGAUCGAUAUUGUUCGUGCUUCAACAGGGCAAGCAGCCGCUAAUGGUAACUCCGACACAACCUAUGAAGCUAACAGUAAUAGUGACAAAGAACUGUAUGCUGUUAGCUUUCAACUUUUGUCCGGUCCUACGCGCCGGUUUAAACGUUUAUGUGAGCAGCUUCAGGCUCCACUAUUGGCUGGUUCAGGGCCCUACACCUGCAGCACUCUUAUUCGACCCUCUACAGUGCAAAGAGCAAAGCAGCCUUCCUUGGAAAGUAACACGAAGCCCGCAGAUUCAACACCGGCUGCUAGUGCAAGUGACAAUAGCAGCCAGGUAUCCUUCAUUGAUGCAGAAAUUGCAGUAGAUGGUGAAGCGAGUAGCAUAAGCACACUGUGCUCUCAAUUUGAAGCCUCAUUGGCUGUAAAUGACAGCCAAAUUAAUUCGAUGAUAUCCGACAACGAAACAUUGAAGUCAGCCGCUUCAGGUAACAGCUGA